AAAGGUUUUAUUAUUCGUUCUUACUCUUUUCCCAUCUGUAUCAGCAAACAACCCAUGUUCAUAGUUCCUCCACCAGAUAACCCUAUCAGCUUCUCUGUUCCUUUCUCCAGACAAAAGUUUUCCUCUUUCGUUCAGACCCAGAUCUUUGUUCUUUUCGGUUCUUCAUCCCCAUUUUGGUUUCUCUUUUUCACUGAAAGAAUCCUACUUUUUGUCUUUGUACCUCUUGUGGGCUCUCUCCUGUUCAGAUCUAGCAGCUUAUUGGAUCAUAUACUGAAAAAAUUGGGAUCUUUAGUUUGUUUUGUUAACUUUGCAUUGCUUUCUUGAAAAGAAAGAUUCACCAUUUUGGGAUUUGAUUGCCUAAAAGGCUGUUCAUUUCUGCUUGAGAGAGAGAGAGAGAGAGAGAGAGAGAGAGAGAGUUUCUUUCUUUGAGCAUCGUUGUGAGCCCUUGCAGAGCUCUUUGAGUGGCUGCUAUGUUGAAGCAGAGGAAGAAGUUUAUGGAACUUGUGCUAUGUCUGUUGAUAAUCUUCACUUUUGUUGUUGGCUACGGAGAAGCUCAGUCCAAGAGUUUCCUUGUUGAUUGCGGCGCAAACACCUCAACCAAAGCAGAUGGAAGGAUAUGGGUUGGAGACUUGUCUCCCAACAACAGUUUGUCACUUAGUUCAUCAGGACUUGAUGCCACUUCAUCCACACCGUUAAAGAGUUCUUCCUUUGCUGAGAUUUACAAGUCUGCUCGUGUCUUCACGACCACGCUAAACUACUCAUUCCACGAGAUACCUCAAGGAAGCUACUUCGUUAGACUUCACUUCAGCCCUUUCCCCAUGGAAAACCACAACGUGAACGAGUCUUCUUUCAGCGUGUACGCGAAUGGUCUGAGACUGAUGCUUGACAUCAACAUCCAGGGAGAAAUCGCGCAUAAGAACCUCGUCUUGCUAAGCUCUGGUCACAAUGCUACCGCCUCUUCUCUGGUUAAAGAGUUUCUGUUACCCAUAGGACCGGAGAAACUGGUUUUGAGUUUCAUACCAGAGAAAGAAUCUUUCGGCUUUGUCAACGCUAUUGAGAUUGUUCCUGUGGUUGACAAGCUUUUCAAAGAUUCGGUUACUAAAGUUGGUGGAAGCGAGGUGGAGCUUGGUUUGAGCCAACGUGGGGUCGAGACUAUGUAUAGGCUCAACGUUGGUGGUCCAAAGCUAGGUCCAAGCCAAGAUCUGAACCUGUAUAGAACAUGGGAAACUGAUUCAAGCUACAUGGUGAUUGAAAACGCUGGUGAACACGUCGACAACAGCUCGAGUAUCACAUACGCUUCGGCUGAUGAGUCACCUGUGGCUCCUCUUCUUGUUUACGAGACCGCUAGGACCAUGUCAUCAGACACUGAAGUCUUGGAGAAAAGGUUCAACAUCUCUUGGAAGUUCGAAGUGGAUCCUAACUUCGAUUACCUGGUCAGGCUCCAUUUCUGCGAGCUGGUUGUUGAUAAGCAGAACCAGAGGAUAUUCAGGAUAUACAUCAACAACCAGACUGCUGCUGGUAACUUCGAUAUAUACGCUCAUGCUGGUGGGAAGAACAAAGCUAUUUAUCAAGACUACUUCGAUCCUGUCUCCUCCAAGAACGACGUUCUCUGGAUUCAGCUUGGACCUGACACAUCAGCUGGCGCUUCGGGGACUGAUGCUCUUCUCAGCGGUCUUGAGAUUUUCAAGCUAAGCAAAAACGGGAAUCUUGCUCAUCUCGUGAGGUUUGAUUCGUCUGGUCACUCGGUGGAUAACUCGAGGAUGAGGAUUAUUUGGAUCAGCGUUGGUGCAAGUGUAGCAACUAUCAUUCUUUUCGCGUUCUUGGUGACUAUGGUUGUGUGUUUGUGCAAGAUGAGGCGCAAAAAAUCAGAUGACGACUCCAAAAACAAUCCUCCUGGCUGGCGUCCGUUGUUCCUGCACGUCAACAACAGUACUACAAACGCUAAAGCAGCGGGUGGCUCGCUGAGACUGAACACUCUUGCAGCGUCUACAUUGGGGAGGAAGUUUACAUUAGCCGAGAUUCGUGCAGCUACCAAGAACUUUGACGACGGUUUAGCUAUUGGUGUUGGAGGGUUUGGUAAAGUGUACAGAGGAGAGCUUGAAGAUGGAACGGUCAUAGCUAUCAAACGAGCAACCCCACAUUCUCAGCAAGGACUUGCUGAAUUCGAGACCGAGAUUGUGAUGCUCUCAAGGCUUAGGCAUAGGCAUCUGGUGUCUUUGAUCGGGUUCUGCGAUGAGCACAACGAGAUGAUAUUGGUGUAUGAGUACAUGGCUAAUGGGACUCUGAGGAGCCAUCUGUUUGGAAGCAACCUUCCUCCUUUGUCGUGGAAGCAACGGCUCGAAGCUUGUAUAGGCUCUGCGAGGGGAUUGCAUUACCUUCACACAGGCUCUGAGAGAGGAAUCAUCCACAGAGAUGUCAAGACGACAAACAUAUUACUAGACGAGAACUUUGUGGCGAAGAUGUCUGAUUUUGGGCUGUCUAAAGCUGGACCUUCAAUGGACCAUACUCAUGUGAGUACAGCUGUGAAAGGGAGUUUCGGGUAUCUUGACCCUGAGUACUUCAGGAGGCAACAGCUAACAGAGAAGUCAGAUGUUUACUCUUUUGGGGUCGUGUUGUUUGAAGCUGUUUGUGCUCGAGCUGUUAUAAACCCGACUUUGCCUAAAGACCAGAUCAACCUUGCGGAAUGGGCUUUAAGCUGGCAAAAGCAAAGAUCUCUCGAGUCAAUCAUCGACCCGAAUCUGAGGGGGAACUACAGUCCUGAGUCGUUGGACAAGUAUGGUGAGAUAGCAGAGAAGUGCUUAGCGGAUGAAGGGAAGAACAGGCCGAUGAUGGGAGAAGUUUUAUGGCACUUGGAGUAUGUUUUGCAGCUUCAUGAAGCUUGGCUUCGCAAACAGAAUGGAGAAAACUCGUUUUCGAGCAGCCAAGUGUCGUUAGAAGAAGUGCCAGAGAGUUCUCUUCAAGCUUGCACCAAACAAGAUUCCUCUGAAGCGGUGAAGAGCCAAACAGGAUCAACUCUUCACAACAUGGUGUAGAGGAAGCAGUGGAUUGACUAUCCUCAAAAUAAUUCUUUUGUUCUUUUGUUUCUAUUAUUGAUUAUGAUCUAUUCAGAAGCUCUUAGUAAUAGAGCUUGUAAUGUUAUGCCACUUGCAAACAUGAUUUGCUUUUUAAGGUAUUUGUUUCUGCU